AUAACCUCUCUGGUUGCACCUAUUUAGUGUAGCUAACUACAAUACUAUAAAGCACAUGCAAAUUACUGAAAAUUAUCAGAGGCAUGAGAUAUGAGUGUCGGUAGCGACAGGUAGCGGUAGGAAAAACUAUGAAAGAGUAUACGUCACUUGGCGUAUUGUAUAAAGUGUAUUCCUCCGAUAUUUGAAAGUUCUUUGAUAUUAAGAUGAUAUCACUGGGAUAUGUACUUCUUUACGCUGUAUUAUUUGCAGUAGUAUGUUUAUUUGUGUUUUCUGUUAUAUUAUAUGUAAUGACACAACCAUAUCCCAAUAUAUGGCGUGAUGAGAAAGAAAAGUAUUUCUAUAAUCCAAAGACAAAAAGUAAUGAAAUUUUUCCAUCACUGUACGAUGAUUGGAGUGUAAAUCUAAGCGUCGUAGUGCCUGCAUACAAUGAAGAGCAAAGAUUGUCACUGAUGUUGGAUGAAUGCUUGGAAUAUUUAGAACAACAUUUAAAAAGCGGAUGUACUUAUGAAAUAAUUAUAGUUAGUGAUGGAAGUAAAGAUCAGACUGUAAAAAUUGCACAUAAUUAUGCAUUGAAACAUUCAAGUAUUAGAGUAUUAGAUCUUGUUAAAAAUAGAGGAAAAGGCGGUGCAGUACGACUAGGAGUAUUAAGUGCAAGGGGCAGUGCAAUACUAUUUGCAGAUGCAGAUGGUGCUACUAAAUUUAGAGAUAUAGAAAAAUUAGAUAACAGUUUAAGAAAUAUUUUAGGAUUUGAUUAUAUAAACAAGCCAGAUGAAGUCAGUUCAUCUCAUGCGAUAGUGUGUGGAUCUAGAGCUCAUUUGGAAAAAGAAAAAACUGCCGACCGGACCUUUUACCGAUUGUUAUUAAUGCAUGGUUUUCACCUCUUAGUAUGGUUGUGGGGAGUAAGAGGUGUUAGGGACACACAGUGUGGUUUUAAACUUCUAACACGACGCUCAGCGAGACUCGUGUUUCAAGCCCUACACGUUGAGCGUUGGGCAUUUGAUGUAGAAAUGUUAUACAUUGCACAAAGUUUGAACAUUCCUAUUACCGAAAUUCCUGUGAAUUGGACUGAAAUAGAAGGAUCCAAGUUAGUACCUAUCUGGAGUUGGUUACAGAUGGGCAUAGAUUUAUUUUUUAUUUGGUACAAAUAUAAAAUUACAGCAUGGAAAAUAAAAAAGUCCAAACUAACAUAAUACAGGUGCACACACGUCUACCAACGAAUUUAAAAGAAAUAUUUUUUCUAUCAUAUUUGAACUGUAAUAAUUAAGAAAUCUUAUUAGAUUUCAUGUUUGAUAUAAAAAUCAUGAUAUAUUUUUCCUUUGUAAGGAGAACUUAUAAAUAAAUGAUUAUGAUAAUCUUCA